CUGCUCUAUGAUAAUCAGUCCAGAGUUCACCUGCCGUUUACUUGGUUUCAUCCUCUCUUACUCUUGAGCUAUUCGCCUCGUUUUUCCUCCUCUGCUAGAACUGUGUUUCUCAGGAGAUCCAUUCCUUGAAGGCAGGAGUACGGCUGAUUGUGGAUUGCUGAGCACAGGGGCCUGAUUGAGAUGUCACAUGGAAUAGCCACCUGCUCUGAGGUGACAGGAAAUCACACAAUCUACAGCAUUUAGCACUUGGGUGCUCUUAACAAAAUCCAGGGGGAGGGGAUGAAAACCCCAGAGUGUCUUGACUUCACUGGAGGGGUCUGAUGUUAUUUCACUCACUUUUACCACACCUAUCCAAUCAGAGGAGGGGCUGAUUACGAGGACUGGAAUGGCUUGAUUCACAUACAGUAGCAGUAUGACCGGAUGACAUCUCCAUAACUGAAGACAGGAUGUUGCUGUGGAACUCUACACGUUCAGUGGAUCUGCUGGGGAACAGCAGUCACACUGGGUUGGGCAAUGUGGAGCAGGUCCUAGUCCCGAUUUUAGAUGCACUGAUUCUGAUGCUGGGAGUUGGCGGGCACACAAUGGUGAUGGUGAUCCUAUGUAGAAGGCGGAGAAGGGGGUUGGGACGUAUUGGACAGUCUCAUCAAAGCUCCAUGACAGGCACAGGAACAGACGUCCUGCUACUGGGUCUGAGCGCUGCAGACCUGCUUUUGCUCUCCAUGCUUCCCUUCCACACUGUGUCCAUAGCCAUGCAGCAAUGGCCAUUUGGGGACGUCAUGUGUCGUCUGGUGGGCUUCAUGGGAUCGGCCUGCUCCUCGGCCAGCGUCUUUACACUUGCCACGCUGGCUGUCUCUCGCUAUUUGACAGUGGUGCAGCCUGCCAGAGCCUACUGUCUCCUCUCCACUCGCCGGGUGUCCAUAGCUGCUGUGCUCCUCUGGGUCCCGGCCUGCUGCCUGGCUACUCCUCAGCUGGUUUUUCGCUUUGUGGGAACCCAGCGCCGAGCCGAUGAUGGCCUCGGUUGCUUUGCUUUCCUGUUCCACCACGACCAGCUGAUCUAUGGAUUGUUCCACUUCCUGGUGGCUUUCUUGCUUCCACUGGUCACCAUUGCAGUGGCGUAUAGCAGAAUCUACAUUUUCCUGUGGGCAAGUCAGCAUGACGGCAGGGCCCCCCAAGUAGAGCGCUACCAGAGCAAAGUGACCCAGACGUCGGCCAUGUUAGUGCUGGCUUUUACCCUAUGUUGGCUGCCGUCCUAUGGCCUGACGCUGGCCUUAUUGGCAGAUGAAAGCUCAGGGGCCAUAGGCGCCUCGCCACGUUAUGGCCCUUUCAGCGUGUUUGCACGCCUAAUGGCGGCCUCCUCUACCGUGAUGAACCCAAUCCUCUAUGUGCUGAUGUCCCAAAAGUUCAGAGAAGACCUACUGAGGUUGUUCAAGGGGGGAGGGCAAAGAGCCAGUGGGAGUGUGGCUAUGGCUGCUGCCUGACAGUAUUACUAUCAACAACUAUCACCUACUUAACAAAGCAACAGACAGCACUUAAAACAACAGACAAUUCAACAUAUUUGUUUCUUAACAUUAACUGGUUGUCUGGAUAUUGUACAAGAAGAGUGGACAAUCCUGAAUCAUGCAUUCCUUGUAAAACAGUUUGAAGUAAAGGCACUUUGGUAAAACAUUAACAGCGCACCUGUGUUUUGUUGUGCUGAGAUAAAGUGAAUGAAGGUCUAUCUGUAUGGUCACAAUCUCCCCUUCUGCUCCUGAGUUAUGGUGUUAAAUAAUGGAUUAAAAAAGUUGACCAUGGACCUUUUGGGUAAAACAUGUCCUCACUUCUAUGUUGUAUCCUGUUAAACAUCUGUAUGAAAUGUCAGAAUUACAAAAAACAAAAAACGUGUUUGGUAAGGUCAUUUUGAGGUCACAGUGAUCUUCACCUUUGAGUUAAAAGUGUCACCAAUUCAUUAUCCAUCCAACUGUAAAAUAUAGUUAUCAAUUCUUGAACCAUGGACCUUGACCUUUGACAACCAAAUUCUAAUCAGCACAUCCUUGAUUUUAUGCCAAAUUUGAAGAAAUUCUUUUCAGGCGUUCCUGAGAUUUCACAUUCUUGAGAAGGGGAUGGACAUGAGGUCACAAUGAGCCUCAGCUCAAAUCAGCUCAUCCGUCUGUCCAAGUGGAUGAUUGUGCAAAAUUCCAGGUGUUCCUGAGAUACUGCGUUUAUGAUAAUGGGACAGACUGACGGAUGGACAACCUGAAAACAUAAUUAAAAUCUUUCUAUUUUUGUUUCUAGUUUCGCUACACAUUCAGAAUAAAAGCUUACUGGUUGUGUAAGA